AUGGCUGUGGCUGCGCACAACUGCGUGUUCGAUUUCUCGGUCUUGUACCAGUGCUUUAUCGCAUUCCGGAUCCCGAUCCCGAAACUGAAGGCGAUCGAUACCAUGCUCGCGUGCAGGCUUGUGUCCUGUGCAAGUGACUUGAAGCUGGCCAGUCAGGCGAAGGGGCACUUAGACUUGGCCGUGGACGAAGGACAGUACUCAUCCUCGGCGGUGGCCGCACUCGAGGCCUUGAUUGAGGACGUGUCCUGUCACCACAACGCGGUCGUGUCUGUGGUCAUGACCUCGAUCUUGGUCCAGUCCCAGGGACAGUGUCCGACCAUGCUCAUGUCCGGGAACCUGGUUUGGACCGUGGACCCGGACUCGAAAUCGAUCGAUAUCGCGAGAGAGGUCGAGAAACAGAUCAGGGAAAUGGACCCGUUCAUGAACCCACACUCGUUCUUGGCCUUGCAGGAUUACGCGGAAACGGACCCGGAUUCGAUCAGGACCUUGAUCGACAACUGGAUCGUAGGCGAGAAGUGUUACAGUCGCACGGUACAGGAACAAUUCGUGGACUUGACCAGAGACUGUGGCUUGCCGUAUUCCAUAGAUCUGUUCGAGAGAUCGGACGCUGCCUUGGGAUUGCUCAGGGCCUUGAUCCUGAACAGGGCCCGAAACUAUAUCGUGGAAAAGGAUGGGAAACACUUGGAAGCGCAGCAGCGAGGGUGCAUAAGGUGGCCGUCCGCCAUGAUACUGUACUGCCACACGUUACAUCGUUUCGACGACUUCGAUCUGGAGUUCUGCCGUGAACUUCGCAGACAAGGCCUUGUCUACGACGUUGUGGCCGCAGCUGGAGCAGAGAGGAAAGAAGAUGUUGGAGACGAGCUGGACCCGUUGGCAGACGACUGCGCCGGUUUCCUGGAGGAGCUGUUUCCGGAGAAGCGCAUCGUUGUCUUUCACAUUCACCUGCCACAUCAGUUUGCAAACGACGGAUGCCUGGCGUGGUCGGCCAGUUUGGCAAGGAGUGUACCUCCGGCAGCAGACAGGAUCGACGAGCCCAGCGUUCAGAGGCGAGAUCGAGAAGGCAGCGAUGACGUCGUCAAGGUGGGUCGGAUAAGCAUCUUUCUUCCGGUUGAGGGCAUGGAGGACCGCGAGCUACCAAGCGGAGAAGAAGGUGUGGUCAUCAGGCUUCGAGCCUUGGGCCCUUUCGGAUCCGGUCAGCAUCCGACUACAGCCCUGGUGCUGCAAGCGAUGCAGGACUUGGAUUGGGCCAAGAUCCCUGCCGUGUGCGACUACGGCUGUGGAAGCGGCGUUCUGGGUCUGGUUGCUCUUGGGCUGGGGGCGAGGCAGUGCCUCGGGGUGGACAAUGUGCCAGAUGCUCUAACAGCAGCCUAUGAGAACCUCAAGGCGAACGUGCCGAGACUCAAACGCGCCGAUGGCGAUGAACCGCGAAUGCAAUUGCACUUGCCACCGGAGGAGAUGUUGGACAAGGACCUCGACUUCUACACACGGCAUGGUGAUUGGCGGCACUCCAUGACAUUGCAGGGCUGGACGCCCAUGGAGGUGACCGAGGGCUCCUUCGAUUUGGUGGUUGCAAACAUUGUGAUCGGCCCGCUAUGCCAGUCGGCGCCCAUGGUAAAACGGUUGCUCCGCGCAGGUGGCCAGGUCCUUCUUGCGGGGAUGAGAGAGUUCCAGGUCAAACAAGUUGACGAGGCUUACGGCCAAGACUUGGAGUUGAAGGCAGAAGCAGCGGCAGCAUGUCAUGAGCACCAUGGAUGGAUGGUCACUCGUGCAUGGUCUGCUGCGCAGACCAUGUCGCGACGAGGAGUGCAGCUCGAUGCAAAGAACGUGCUGCACUUGCCCUGCGCCCGUGCUCCACUGCCGGAGAAAGCCGUGCCACCGAAUGUCGCAGGACAUGCAGGGCUGGACACACCCUCCACAGUGGCCGGCGAAGAGAGGCAGCAACAUGAAGAGGCAGCGCCUGACUCAUCACCGUCUUCGAAAGGCCCGAAAGGUGGCAAAGGACCUGGCAAGGGGCCAGCCAAAGGACAAGCAAAAGGCGGCAAGGCGCCAGAACCCGCCAUGACAUACAAGCAGAAGCAAGAGGCAGAGCUGGCCGCCAAGGAAGAAAGCCUCACUGCCCCGAGUGGCUUCGCUGGGAAGGAGGUACUCUCUGACUGGGAAUUGAAGGUUCUCGCAGGCGCAACCGACCAAGAGGAAGGACCGUACUCGGGCCGGAAGUUCAUGCCAACGCGCGGCUAUUUUGCUUGCGUAAGGUGCGGUUCAGUUAUUUACUUGGCCCAGGCCAAGUUUGCAAAGUGCAGUGGGCACUUGGGCCACAUCUUCGAUCCUGAUGAUGGCGCCAAGCGAACGAAUCAGCGGCACUGCGUGAAUGACACGGCCCUGCAGUACGUCAUGUUUGGACCUCCAGCUGGUACUGAGGAAGCGGGCAAGCUGGUCUUGCCCAGCUAG